CCCAGUACCGUCCAGUAGUAGUACCGCCAGUUCAAGCAACCAAUAACACUAACAAUAACAACCACUCAAAACAAACAGACACAACAACAACCAAUGUAGAACCUAACCAUUAACAUCCAGAACAAACCAACAUCUCUGCUAGCUGGUCAUAUUAAAGCUACGUAGCUUGUAAUUAUAUCACUUUUUAGUCAUGUAUGCACGUCUGCACCUCACUUUAGAAAUAUGCCACAAAAACAAAAAAACAAAAACUGUUUCUCAAAUCCACGAUUUUGGGAUUUUUGAAAAAAAAAAUCAAAAUGCAAUCGAAAAAUCGUUUUGGCAACUUUCCAUGGCAAUUGGUCUUUUGGGAAAAUUUCUGUGUUUUUUUCAAAAAGUGCUGAAUUGACCAUUUUCCCAUACAAAUUUUUGAUCCACCAUACAUACUGCAAUAAACACAAAAUCAACAAUAGACCUUUAACAUUUGCACCUGUUACCACACAAGUAGUUCUGUAGACCUAUUCAAUCCUCCAGCUUUUGUUUGGCCAUCUCCACCAUACUCUCUCUCUCUCUUUUUGUACAACUUCAAGUGAACAAAUAUUAAAGAUUUGAUCUAUAGGCAAUCCACUUUGAGGUCA